UAGGAACAUAAUAGCCAUUCCUUAAGGAUUUGAGAGGCUUUCCCAUGGAAGAAGAAUUCAACUUGUUCUACAGGGUCCUGGUAGAGCAGAAAUAAUUAGUGCAGAGAGGUUAUGGGAAAGCAGAUUUUGACUUCAGUACUGAAAAACUUCCACCAGUUAGAGCUGUCCCAAACUAGAAGGGAAUGUGGUGGGUUCCCUAUCACCAGAGGCUUCGAGAAAAAACUUGGGGAUACUGCAGGGGGGCUUCCUGACCAGCUAGGGGAUGGACUGCUCCUUUCCAACACUUAGAUUCUAUCAUUCAUGAACAUUUGGGCUCCAUGAGCUUUGGGGAUUCUUGUCAGAGGCAUCUAAAUCACUGGUGGAAAUGGAUAAGUAUAUAGAUGGAACAGGAAAAUGGGAAGCCCCUUCAGGAUGGGACCACUCCUCCUACCCCAAACCAGACAGCAAAGAAUUCUGGACCUGGGGGAGAUGGCUGUUCCACCGAGGAGGAGUUACCCAAAGACGUGGCCCAGAAGAUGGCCGAUAAGGACUCUGCAGAAGCUGGUGAGGCUGAACCCAAGAAGGAAGAAAAUAUAACAGAGGAAACCAAGUCUAAGCCCAAGAUAGAGGCUGACCCAAAAGCUAAGUCUGAUUCCAAGAAGGAAGCUGAUGAAAAAGAGGAGACCAAACCUGUAGCUCAGGGAAAGGCAGAUGAGGACGAAGAGGCCAAAUCCAGAUUGAGAAAAGAUGCUAAUGGAAAAGAAGCCAAGACUGAACCCAAAGAAGAGGCUGAUAGGAAAGAGGAGGCCAAAUCUGAACCCAAGGAAGAAGCUAAUGAGAAAGGAGAAGCCAAGACUGAACUCAAAGAAGAAGCUGAUAGGAAAGAGGAGGCCAAAUCUGAACCCAAGGAAGAGGCUCAUGAGAAAGGAGAGGCCAAGUCUGAACUCAAAGAAGAGGCUGAUAGGAAAGAGGAGGCCAAAUCUGAACCCAAGGAAGAAGCUAAUGAGAAAGGAGAAGCCAAGACUGAACUCAAAGAAGAAGCUGAUAGGAAAGAGGAGGCCAAAUCUGAACCCAAGGAAGAGGCUCAUGAGAAAGGAGAGGCCAAGUCUGAACUCAAGGAAGAGGCUGAUAGGAAAGAGGAGGCCAAAUCUGAACCCAAGGAAGAAGCUCAUGAGAAAGGAGAGGUCAAGUCUGAACCUAAGGAAGAAACUAACAGGAAAGAAGCCAAGUCUGAACCCAAGAAAGGGGAUGAUAAAGAAGAAACCAAAUGUAACUCAACAGAGGGAGCAGCAAGAGAGUCGGAGAAGGGGCAUAAGGCAGAAUUGGAGGCAGAAACCAUUUCUGACACUCAGGUCAUCCAGGAGGUAGGUGGUACUCCUGAUGGAGAACCAGGCAAUGAUGCUGAGCAACAAGGAGAAGGCUCAGGAGCAAUGCCCAGCUCCCCAGAGGAGUGGCCAGAGAGCCCCACAGGAGAAGGACAGGACCUCAGCCCAGAUACCAUUGGUCCAGACAGCCCAACAGCCAGUGACUCCUCUCCCAGCGAUGUCCCUCAGAGUCCCACGGGUCCCCCUCCUUCUGAGGAGAAGAAGAAGGAGAAGCUGUCAGAACCCAGAGCCUCUGCUCCAACUCGACCCCGAGGACCCAGGGCUCAGAACCGAAAAGCUAUCAUGGACAAGUUUGGUGGGGCAGCAACAGGCACUGCCCCCCUUUUCCGAAAUGCCAAGGCAGCAGGGGCAGCUGUGGGCAGCGUCAGGAACAUGCUGCUUGAAUGGUGUCGAGCCAUGACCCGAAAAUAUGAGCAUGUGGACAUUCAGAACUUCUCCUCCAGCUGGAGCAGCGGGAUGGCCUUCUGCGCUCUCAUCCACAAAUUCUUCCCUGAUGCCUUUGACUACAGCACCCUGGAUCCCAAGCAGCGCCGAGAGAACUUCACCCUGGCCUUCUCCACUGCCGAGAAUCUGGCUGACUGUGCCCAGCUGCUGGAAGUAGACGACAUGGUCCGGCUGAGCGUCCCUGACUCCAAAUGCGUCUACACCUACAUCCAGGAGUUGUACCGCAGCCUUGUGCAAAAGGGACUGGUGAAAACCAAGAAGAAGUAAAGAACAUGAGAGCCCCUGGAAGGAGCAGCCCAUAAGGACAUCUGGUUGAUGCUGAUGGGACUUCCUCUUGCUCUUUGGCACCCCUCAGUUAUUUAGGAGGUGACUAAAGAUGCAGGGAAGACAGAGGCAUUUGGGGAAGCACAGUGACAUCCUGGGGCUCCUAGGGUCCAUGCCCCCCAGCCUCCAGGCACCCCACUCCAAGAUAAGGAACAGUCAAAGAAAUUUUCCUGAGAACAGUCCUUCCUGUCUGCUUCUUGUCUCAAAUUGCCUCAGUCUCCUCCUCUUCCAUCCUCACACAAGUCUUGGGAUAGAUAUGAUCAUUCCCAAUGUAUAGAUGGGGAACCAGACAUCACUAAGGGUCAAAUGACUUCACCAAAGUCAUGCAUCUAAUUUAAGGACAGGACUGGAAUGAGAACCCAGAUCUUCUGUCUUUCAACUUCCUGUUCUUUCACAGAAUCAUAAUUCCUAGACAUUAGAACUUGUAGGGAUCAUGCAUGAAAGAAGCAGAGGAAGAAGCUUAGCAGAUACCUAAUAUUAUACAGUAUCUAUUUUCCAGGUGAGGAACCCCAGAGAAGCCAAGUAACUUAGCCAAGGCUGCAGAGUAGUAAGUAGCAAGGUCAAAAUUUGAACCCAUUUUCUGUGAUUCCACAUUCAAUGCUUUGUCUAUGGGACACCAUUAUGCCUGUCACAAACCAAGCUGGGCUUGAAAUUCUGGCCAUUGGUGAAAACUCAAAUAUAAUCACAAGAGGAUCAGAGUUGAAAA